AUGCAAUUCUUCCUCAACACUUCUUUGCUUGGUCAUAAAGCCACUCUAGCCCAUAUUCGCAGAGUUUGGAACUUGGAGUGCAGGCCAGCUCAUAAUACGGGUUGGAUUAGGUGGUGGAACGAUGCCAUCACCCGUACUGUGCGCUUCUUGCGCAUUUAUGGGUGCCAGCUGACCAUCUUUCGCUGGUGGUCUUACGAGGCAACCAUUGCCGAUCUGCUUUCUGCUAACAAGGCUUUAGCGGCUAGCCCUUUUUCUCCAACUUUGCAAGUUAAAGUUGUAGAAUUACGACACAAAAAGCAAGUUGCGGACAAUUAUACCGCUAGAGGCACGCAAAUCAAGGCCCGUUUGCACUGGCUCAAAAUUGGUGAUCAUGCCUCUAAGGAGUUUUUCUUGGCUUUGCAUGCCAAGCACUCCUCUCCAGGCAUUAAAAAGAUUAAAGAUGGCGUACAAGUCCUUUCGGAGCUGCUGAACAUUCUGCUGUCUGCAGCCCAGAAAAUUUUUUGUGACCAGUUACUUACACUGAAGGAUCUGAAAGAGGCAUUACAUUCCAUGGCCGAUGAUAAAGCCUCAAGCCUUGAUGGCUUUCCCUGUGAAUUUUACAAAGCUCUCUGGGACUAUGCGGGUCCCGACUUGUUUCAGGUUUAUUUAGAGGCUUCUCAUUCUAAUUCUCUAGGAGAGCUGAUAAAUAAAGGAAAUAUUAAGUUCAUACCUAAAGCCGGUGAUCCUGAGGACAUUUGCAAUUGGCGGCCUAUCACGCUCCUCAAUGUUUCUUACAAAAUUAUUGCUAAAGCUCUUGCUUUAAAAAUCCGUCAUCUUUUGCCUCUCAUUGUGCGUCUGGAACAGACUAGAUUUAUCAAAUCUAGGUAUAUUUUGGAUAACAUCAUCGCCAUCUGGGAAGGCAUGGAGUGGGCCCGACGCUCCAACCAGAAGGGUUGCCCUUUAGCUCCCUCGCUGUAUGUGCUUGCCGCUGAAGGGUUUGGGUAUCUGUUGGCUAAUGUUGCAUCUUUGCAGCGUGUUAAAGGCAUUUCAUUGCCUAAUUCUCAGUUGCAGUUACUCAAUGGACACUUUGCGGAUGACUCUUUUCUCACUCUCUUGGAGGAAGAGGAGACUAUUCGCGAGGCGCUCCAGUGCCUCAAUAUAUUCUAUCUUGCUUUGGGCUCCGCCAUUCAGUGGCAUAAGACGCUUUGUUACCGACAGUCUGUUCUGCCUUGUCCUGCUUGGCUGCAACCCUUUGGCUGGAAGUGGAUUGGGCCAAGCGAAACUUUUCACUUUUUGGGCAUUCCUUUUGCCUUUCAAGCCUCCCCAGUGGAGCUUUGGCAGGUUGUGCUUUCUCAGGUGGAGAAAAAGUUGGCUUAUUGGAUCACCAAGCCUCUGUCUUUGGCGGGGAAGUUCCAGAUUUGUUCUAAAGUUUUGGCCGCUACUCAUGUUUAUUAUUCCUCUUGUUGGGCACCUUCUAAAGCUGCUUAUAGCAAGCUUGAAAAAUUACUUCGGGAUUUUCUUUGGGUUUCCUCUGAUACUCAUCAUGGAUUCCAUCGUGUCACCUGGGAUUUUUGUUGUCUCCCCAGGGACUCUAGAGGCUUGGGUCUGUUGUCCACCCAGAGGCAGGGAAUUGCUUUAUGUGUCAAAUGGGUUAUUCGCACCCUUACAGGUGAUGAGGCUUGGCAAAUUCUCCUUUGCCACUACAUUCAGUCCGGUUUCCCUGUCAAUAGACCGGCCUGGAAAGGAAUUGGCCUCCAGACCCUUCUGGUUAUGAAAGAGCCAGUUUAG